AUGAAGUCAGAAAGCCGGGAACCACUCAUCAAACACCAGGAGUAUCUGCAGAGGCAGCGGGAUGCUGUGGCGUACAGGAUGAGCCGGCUGACGGCGAAGCAAGCCGACAUCACCAAGCGGUCAGCGGCGCUGCAGGAGAGGAUCAAGCGGAAGCAUGCGGAGAUGGUGCGGGUGCUGGAGGAGGACCUGCGCCUCACCCUGCUGCAGCUGGACCUGGAGGCCCAGGCCGCGCUCGGCCUGCUGGAGGACCACAUCGAGAGCUGCUACCUGCUGUCGCAGAACAUCGCCGCAGAGCUGUCCCGGCUGGGCGUGCAGCUAGAGCAGCCCGUGCCGCAGCCCGCCGAGCAGAAUGCUGAGACUGAGCGGAGGGUAGUGGAGGUGCUGAAGGCGAGUGAUCCUGACCAGGUUCACCUGGACGAGUUUAAGGCCGACCAGCUGCUGGCACUGACCAACAACCUCCUGCUGUUUAUUCGCUCUCAGACCCCCACCUCCAGGAAACUCCUCCAGAGCUACGCCACGGAGGUGGAGCUGGACCCCGACACGGCUCACCCGCAGCUGGUGAUCUCACCUGACGGCAGGUGUGCCACCUUCACCGACACCUGGCAGGAGCUGCCCGACAGCCCCGCCCGCUUCGACACCACCCUCAACGUGAUUGGCCAGCCGACCUUCCUCCAGGGCCGGCACUACUGGGAGGUGGAGGUGGGGGGGAAGACAUACUGGGAGGUGGGCCUUACGUAUCCCGGCAUCCCCCGCAAGGGGCGCGAGGAGGACUGCUGGCUGGGGCGGGGCACCGAGUCCUGGUGCGUGGAGUUCUUUGACGGGGAGUAUACCGCCUGGCACGGGGGUGUGGCCCGCUCGCUACCUGUCACCGGACGCUUCCAGCGAAUCGGGAUCUUCUGCAGUGUCCCCGGAGGUGUGGUCUCUUUCCUGGGUGUCGACAACAUGACCCCGCUCUUCACCUUCUGCGCUGGGACCUUUGCGGACGCCCUGCACCCGGCUGUGUGCCCUGGGCAUGACCAUGCGGGCACCAACGCCACGCCCAUACGCAUCUGCGACGCCUCCAAGUCUGGCCCCAUGCUGUGA